GGAUGCAUAGGUAGAUAGGGAAGCGGUGAGACAGCAGCAGCAGCAGACAACAUGGUCGUGUUAUCACUGAAGAUCUCGGUCGUCGAGCGCAACGUGUCGAAGACGAUUCAGUUCGAUCCGUCGACGAUAGUCUACGAUGCGUGCCGCAUCAUCCGGGAGAAGGUCGCCGAAGCCAAUAUCGGACAACCCGCUGACUACAAUCUCUUUCUUGCCGAUGAGGAUGUGAAGAAGGGAGUGUGGCUAGAACCAAGCAGGUCACUGGAGUACUACAUGCUGAGAAAUGCUGACUUGCUCGAGUACAAGAAGAAGAUCCGCACGCUUCGUGUGCGCAUGCUCGACGGAUCCGUCAAGACGCUGCUUGUUGAUGACAGCAAGAAUGUCGGUGACCUGAUGGUGACCAUCUGCACACGCAUAGGUAUCACAAACUAUGACGAAUAUUCGCUCGUCCGCGAACUGCCGGAGGAGAAGAAGGAGCAGUAUGCCACGCUCAGGAAGGAAAAGGAGAAGACACUUCCCCGCGGUGAGAGGAAGAUGGAGGAGCUCAGGAGGAAGCUGCACACGGAUGAGGAGAGAGCACAAGAAGUGCUUGGGCCUGAACGAGCUGGAGGCGAAAGUGAAGUACACCCAGCAGUGCCGCUCCCUGAAGACAUACGGCGUCACCUUCUUCCUCGUCAAGGAGAAGCUGAAGGGGAAGAAUAGACUGGUACCACGUCUCCUCGGCAUCACCAAGCAGAGUGUGAUGAGGGUUGAUGAGAAGACGAAGGAGAUCAUCAAGGAGUGGCCCCUCACCCACGUGCGUCGCUGGGCCGCGUCGCCCAACAGUUUCACGCUGGAUUUCGGAGACUACUCCGACGCCUACUACUCUGUGCAGACGCCCGAUGGAGAACCCAUCUCCCAGCUGAUUGCCGGUUACAUCGACAUCAUCCUGAAGAAGAAAAAGGCCAAGGACCACUUUGGUAUUGAGGGAGACGAUGAGAGUACACUCCUCGAAGACACCGUUUCACCAUACAAAGCUACGAUCAUUGAGCAUCAGACCCAGCAGGUUCACCAUCCUGAGCAAGGAUCCGUGGCUCUACCUGGUGUCAUGAGGUCAGGAGAUGAAGAGAAGCAGUACAGGUCGGGAGCGAUAGAUGAACAGCAGCAGCAGACGAUCAUCAAGGCUCAGCUGAACAGCGCACACGUUCCGCCCCUGGGCGGGCAAGCACACACGCAAAAGCUCGAGAGUCAAGCACAGAGGGCGCUCAUCACCAACAUUCACGAGGGCACAGAGACGAUGCAGAGGGCACAGGUGGACCUGAAGUCACGAGCGGAGCUACCUCAGCUUGGAGACGACGCUUCGUCGCUGCAGUGGAAGGAGAACACGAUGGAUGUGAAGCGGCAGGCGGUCGUGUCCGAGCUGUCGGCGAUCAACACGGGCACGGCGCAGGUGAUCAACCUGACGGGUAGCGAGCCGGACGACACAGACUACACGUCGGUCGGCUCCGCCGUCACAACCAUAACCUCGAACUUCGAUGAGAUGUCCAAGAACGUACGCGUGCUCGCCGCGCUCAUGGAGGCUGAGGAAGAUGGAGAGAACCUGCUCGAGUCGUCACGGCGACUCGCCCAGGCACUCAUUGACUUGAUGCAGGCAACUGAACCUGAGACUCAGGAGCCUCGACAGACGCUGCUGAACGCUGCCAGCAAGGUGGGCGACGCGAGCGGUGACGUCAUGAAGAGGAUCGGCGAACAGGAAGUCGACAGAGCUUACCAGGUGAGCAGGGGGCGCCGGCGAAAGCCGUUGCCAACGCGACCGCGGCUGCGCACUGUACUCAACUGCGAAGAACGUUCGCGGCUAGGCUGCGACGAUUCGUCCGACCAGACGCUGAUCGCUCGGCGACGCAUCGAUACGAUCCUCACAACAACGGACAAGCUGUUCCUCAGCAUGGGCAACGCCUCUGAGAUGGUGAAGCAGGCCAGGAUUCUAGCCCAGGCGACCUCGCAGCUCGUCAACGCCAUCAAGGGUGAGGCCGAGGACUCGCAGGACUCUGACCUACAGAAGCGCCUCCUGGCAGCGGCCAAGCUGCUGGCGGACGCGACGGCGCGCAUGGUGGAGGCGGCCAAGGGCUGCGCCACCAGUCCGCAUGACCCGGAGCAGCAGCAGAAGCUGAGGAAGGCGGCGGAGGACCUGAGGUCGGCAACGAACGCCGCCGCGCAGAACGCUCUCAAGAAGAAGCUGAUGAUUCGACUCGAGCUGGCAGCAAAGCAGGCGGCCGCCGCUGCGACCCAGGACAUCGCCGGCGCGCAGAAAGCCGGCGCGUCGAACAAGAACAUGACAAGUCAGCAGGAGCUGGUCAACGAGUGUAGGGUGACCGCCGAUCACAUCCCCAGACUGGUGCAGGGCAUCAAGCGCUCGAUGCAUGAGCCGGAGAACUCGCAGGCACAGCUAGCCCUCAUCUCAGCCAGCCAGCAGUUCCUGCAGCCAGCAGGUCAGCUGGUCGUGUCGUCCAAGACGGCCGUACCGACCGUCGGUGACCAGGCAGCGGCUAUGCAGCUGAGCACCGCUGCCAAGAACCUGCAGGUGGCGCUAGCGGAGCUGCGAUCGGCCGCCGGCAAGGCUCAGGAGGCGUGUGGGUCGCUGGAGCUUGACUCGGCUAUCGACACCAUCUAUCAGCUUGACAAAGAACUGGAAUCGAUCAGAAUGACGGCCGUCGAGGGAAGGCUGCGCCCCCUACCAGAGGAAACGGCGGAGGGAUCAGCACUGAGACUUAGUGCGACCUCCAAGCAGGUCGGCUCCUCCAUGGCACAGCUCCUCUCUGCUGCCGCGCAGGGCGACGAGAGCUACACGGGCAUCGCCGCGCGCGAGACCGCCAACUCACUCGCCAUCCUCAAGGAGGCUGUGCGUGGCGUUGCCGCGACGACCGACGACAAGGAGGUGCAGGAGCGCAUCAUCGAGGCUGCGCGUGACGUCAUGAACAAGUCGGCGCGUCUGCUGGAGGAAUCGAAGAAGGCGGUGAACAACCCCAACAACCCGGAGAACCAGCAACGUCUGGGCCUGGUUGCCAAGGCCGUAUCACACUCACUUAACAACUGCAUCAGCUGUCUCCCCGGACAGCGUGACGUUGACUCAGCCAUCAAGGUCAUCGGACACAAGAGCCAAGAACUGUCGAGUGGGAGAUUCCCGGACACGCACAAGACGUUUGCGGAGAUCCAGCUGGAGUUGAACGAUGCGGCGGCGCAGUUGAACGAGGCUGCAGGCGAGGUGGUGAGCGCGUCUCAGGGCCCGCCCGCCGGCCUAGCCGACGCGUCCGAGAAGUACGGCGACGCAUUCUGCGACUUCAUGGACUCCGGCAUGACGAUCGCCGGCCUCACCAGGGAGGGUCAGCUGCAGGGACACAUGGUGACCAGCAUGAAGAACAUAUCCAUGGUGUCCAGUCGCUUCCUGCUCUCCGCCAAGUCGGUGUCGGCAGAUCCGAACGCACCGAAUGCAAAGAACCAGCUUGCUGCCGCUGCAAGGGCGGUGACGAAGAGCAUCAACCAACUGCUGAACCUGUGCUCGACGUCCGCUCCGGGACAGAAGGAGUGUGACAGCGCGCUGCGUCGCAUCCGCGCCAUGCGGCCGAUGCUCGACGACCCGUCCGAGCCCGUCAACGAUACGACCUACUACGAGUGUCUCGACGUCGUCAUGGACAACUCGAAGCAUCUCGGCAACGCGAUGACGGGUAUAGCUAACACUGCUAAGAAGGGAGAGCUUGAGAGCUUUGGAAGAUCGGUGAAGGAAGUGGCUGAUGCUGUCUGUGCCCUUAUUGAAGCUGCCUCACAGUCUGCGUACUUGGUCGGUAUCGCGGACCCAUCGAGUGAGGCUGGCCGACCAGGCCUGGUGGAUCAGGCGCAGUUUGCGCGCGCGAGUCAGGCCAUACAGGUUGCCUGCCAGAACCUAACGAAUCCAGCAAGCAGCCAACAGCAGGUGUUGCAAUCAGCCACCAUCAUUGCCAAGCACACCUCAUCGCUAUGCAACAGCUGCCGCAUCGCAAGCUCCAAGACAACCAACCCGGUUGCUAAGCGACAGUUUGUGCAGUCCGCAAAGGACGUUGCCAAUGCCACAGCUAACCUCGUCAAGGCCAUCAAGGUACUUGACUCGGACUACAGUGACGCGAACCGUGCGCAGUGUGCCCAGGCAACACGACCCCUGAUAGAUGCUGUGGAAAACCUUACCAUAUUUGCUUCCUCGCCCGAGUUUGCUUCCAUCCCAGCUAAGAUAUCGCAAGAGGCGAGGCAGUCGCAGGAGCCAAUCACGUCCGCGGGCAAGACGAUGAUUGACGGCUCCUGCUGCAUGAUCACGGCCGCCAAGUCGCUGUCCGUCAACCCGAAGGACCCGCCCACCUGGCAGCUUCUCGCCGCCCACUCCAAGAACGUCUCCGACUCGAUCAAGAAGCUGGUGACGUCCAUCCGGGACAAGGCUCCCGGUCAGAAGGAAUGUGACGAGGCCAUCUACAAGAUCAAUGUCGUUAUCAAGGGUUUGGACCACGCCUCUCUGGCAGCCGUUAGCCAGAACCUCGCUCCCAGGACCCACAACUCGCUCCAGGGCUUCCAAGAACAGAUGGUGAGUACAACUAACGAGAUUACGGAGACGGUGGAGGACGUGAGAGUGUCAGGAAGGAGCGAGUCGGAGAGACUUGGACACUACGUGACCAAGCUGACGCGUCUUCCUCGAACCACUGGCCGAUUUUCGAUUGGCUGUGCGUCAAAGACAAUGAACACUCGUCGCCAGAUGGCGCUGUUGGAGCAAACAAAGACUGUGGCGGAGUGCUCACUGCAACUCGUGCACUCGGUGAAGGAGGGCGGCGAAACGUCCCUAAGAGAGAACAUUCUGAAGACGGCUAAGGCACUCGUGGAGGACACGAAGACGUUGGUGGCUGGCGCAGCGUCCAGCCAGGAGCAGCUGGCCGCUGCCGCUCAGUCCGCCGUCCGCACGAUCACCCGCCUCGCAGACGUCGUCAAGUUCGGAGCCGCCUCGCUCGGCACCGACCAAUCGGAAGCCCAGGUGCUGCUGAUCAACGCCGUCAAGGACGUCGCUCUCGCGCUCGGCGACCUCAUCUCUGCGACGAAGAACGCGUCCGGAAAGAGCGUGCACGACCCGGCGAUGGCGAACCUGAAGGGCUCGGCGAAGGUGAUGGUGACAAACGUGACGUCACUGCUGAAGACCGUCAAGACGGUUGAGGACGAGGCGGCUAGGGGCACUCGCGCUGUCGAGAGCGCGAUAUCGGCGAUAGAUUCAGAGAUGAAGUCAUUCGACUCCGCCGAGCCACCGAGGAGGAAGGCAACCAUCGAGGAUCUCCUGCAGUCCACCCGACCAAUCACGAGUGCCACAGCUCGCACGGUUGCCGCCGGCAACAGCGGGCAACAACACGACGCCAUUGUUGCAGCGAACAUGGGACGCAAGGCAGUUAUCGAUCUGCUUGUCAAUUGCAAGGCGAUCGCGUACAACACGGAGAGCGAGGAGGCGCGUCAGAAGGUGAUGGAGGCAUGUCGCGAGUCGGCCGCGCACUACGGCCACCUGCUCAGCAUCCUGCUGGAGAUUGUGCGCGACCCGAGCACGCCGAUGAAGUCCGAGCUGAUCAUCGUCUCGCGCCGCAUCGCGUCCUCGAUCACCGAGCUCGUGCAGUACGCCGAGUACCUGAAAGACGAGGAGAACUACCACUCAGAGUUGACGAUACAGACGCGGCCGCGCUCGAGCAGAUUCGGAGAGCACGAGAUUGUCGUCUCGAAAGCUCACGGCACGCACGCACCAGAGGUGUACGAGUGGGAGAACGAGACCGGUGUGAAGCACCGCCUUGUCACGAGGCGCGAGUACAACGUCGCCACGUCCGCCGGCAUCCUCCGCAAAGAUGGAGACUGGCCGGAGGGUAACUACCACAUGGUAGCUGAGAGGGAGCUGCUGGAUGCGGCGGCGUCCAUCGAGGCAGCCAGCCGCAAGCUUGCGAUGAUGAGACCGACCAACGUACGGCAGAAGGAGAAUGGACAGGACAUGAACUUUGAGGAACAGAUUCUAGAAGCGGCCAAGUCCUUGACAUCUGCCAUUGCUGCUCUCAUCAAGUCGGCUACCACCGCGCAGAGAGAGCUUGUCAUGAUGGGACAUAUCAGCGGCGGCUCUCACUAUGCGGCAGACGACAGCCAGUGGUCACAUGGUCUCAUAUCCGCUGCACAGAUGGUUGCCGCGGCAACGCAGAGCCUGUGCGAAGCAGCUAAUGCGGUGGUGCAAGGCAUGGCCGGUGAGGAGAAGCUGAUAUCGUCGGCUAAGCAGGUUGCGAGCUCCACAGCGCAGCUGCUCGUCGCGUGCAAGGUGAAGAUGCACUCCGACUCCCCGACAAUGAUCCGUCUGCAGACGGCCGGAAACGCAGUGAAGAAGGCAUCUGACCUGCUAGUGCAAGCGGCCCAGGAGACACAGGAGUGGGAGACUGAUCGCUACAUCCUCAUCAAUAAGCGACUUGUCGGUGGGAUUGCGCAGGAGAUAUCUGCACAGGAAGAGAUACUGCGCAAAGAGCGGGAGCUAGAGGAGGCACGCUACCGACUGUUAGCAAUCCGAAAGGCCAAGUACAAGGAGGGAGAAGGCCCGUCAGACAGCGAGGGCGCCACUGGGGGUGGCCGAUACACAGACGGAGAAAGCGACUUCUAGAGUAAUGUAACAGCCAUGUUGAAAACGCUCGGUCGCGGCAAUGGCGGUGCCCGUGCGUAGCCGGGACCGAAUAUGGGCGCGGGGCACUUCCAUGUUAGACUAGCCUUCUCUGCGGGAUUCAGAGGGACUCUCGCUUACACUCGGUUCAUCGGGCUGAUGAUUGUUGUCCAUAGGGGUGGUUCUUUGUACACAGACACUCCCCCUCUCCCCCUUACCUUCUCCCUCCCGCCUUCUCCCCACGCCCACCCAACACUCUGUGACAAGGAUGCUGAUGACGCAUGCCAAAUACACCUUACCGUCUAUUGGGUUCCGCUGCUAACUUAGGUUCAUACUAACGAGAGAUAUGUAUAUGUACAUGUAUAUAUAUACAUAUAUAUAUAUAUAUACAUACAUAAGAUUAUAAGCGUAUAAUAUAAGCUUUGGAUUUUUGUUUGAGCAGUCGUAGUCAGUACCGAGUAUUAAAUGUGUGCUGAAUAAUUUAAGGUAGCCGUAUGGAUUAUAUAGAUUAUGUUGAACUGUUAGGCGAUUUGAAUUAUUUUCGUUAAUCCGCUGUGUGGGGGUCGUUGCGGUGCUUAGAGGCAUCACUAACCCAUGCUGUGAUGGCUUUACAAUUGCUUGUCUGGCUAUUACGCAUAAGGCACAGUAUACACAGGCAGUGUGAUCCAUAGUUACUAACUAGCUUACAGUAUAGAGACAUUAAUAUAACUAUUUGUUGCGUUAAUCAUCGAGGUGAUGUGGCCGUAAUGUGAUGUGCCACCGGGUUACCAUACUUACGAGUGGCCCACGCCGCGCGGCCCGUGUCGGUUUAUAAAAGAAAUGAUAUUAAUAAUGUAUUUUUUAUAAAAUCAAAAUAUUUUGUGGAUUUUUCAGCAAAUUGAAACUCAACCGAGUAGGUACUGUCGAAAUAUGAAGCCCGCGUUCUGGUUAAAUUGGGUGCGCGUGAACAAUUAUCUGUAUCUAGAAAUAAAAUACGCAGACGCUCUUGUGGCCGUUAGCGACAGCCGAAACUCGACCGUUGCGCCAUCUGCCGGCACUGACGGAAGGGGAACGGUUUCUCUGUCAGUCCUGCCUCAUCCACCGCAUCCGCGCGCGCAGGAGCGUUGCCAUGGUGACGACCACCGGAGUCGGCUGUGGGGCUUAUUUCUUGGAGCUUAUCUUUCAUAUCAGUGCGUGGCCUGUGAGCGCGGUGGUGCUAUGUGACCGUGUAGGAACGACGUAGUAGUAGUUAGUUCCUAAGAAGUGAGAAUCGGGGGAUAUCGUGGCGUGCGAUCGGCAAAGUUCAGAACGGAAAAAAAACAAAAUAGCAUUGCGCGCGUUGCCCGUGGCAACCUGGUGCCGCUUCACGGCUGCAUUUGCGACGCGAGCUGUAGACUGGCACCCCGCUUUCGUUUAACGUUAUUUGACCUAACGAAGUGAAGAGAUAAGGAGCCAGUCUACGCGAACAAUGAGGAGGCUGACCGCGUUGUGACGUCAGAUGUAUUACAAAAUUCGCUGAGCACUGCUCUUUCACAUAUCAUUAGUUUUGCCUUGCCUUCAAGCGUUGGUCUCUUUGUGGAUUUUUCGGCUGGUUUUCUUGCUGGUACUGCUGUUACAAAUCGGUAGGUAUAUAGGGGUCAUGGUGCACUAGCAGAAAUAGGGUAUCAAGAGUGCAACGUAAUUGAUAAUUACACAUGUGGUUUUCCAGUGCAACAGACGUUUAAAACCAAUUAUGAUCUGUGUAAGUUUAGAACUGUAAUAUUGUUACAUAUCAUAACCAUAAGUGUAUUGAUUGAUUGAUUGAUUAAUUACAUAUAAAUAUUUGAAUGAUGUAAACUGAUUUAUAUGUAUCAAACAUCAUUAAACAUUUUAUAAAGAUUCAUCUAGAUUCGA